AUGGGCCCCCCAUUCAUGACCCCCGUAGCACUUCCGCUGAUUCAAAUCUGUCAACAGCCACGACCUCAGUUCCCAAAUCAAGGAUACCUCCCAAACGGCACAACAUCAGGGCCGACCCCCGGAGCCCAGGCGCUCUUGCCAAAUAAUGGCCGUAUCAUCCAGUCCGGUCCCAUUCGAGUGCUGUGUAUUGCAGAUGUCAGAGGAAACCUCAGAUCUCUGAAUGAGCUCGCAAAGACCGCGAAGGCCGAUUACAUUUUACAUACCGGCGAUUUUGGAUUCUAUGACAAUACCUCGCUGGAGAGAAUAGCCGAGAAGACACUGAAACAUGUCGCUCAGUACUCCCCCCUUCUCAGCGAAAAUGUCAAGCGCCAAAUCGCCCAGCCCCAGCCUCAGCGGCCGAUCAAGCAAAUGUUCACACCUGAUCAAUUGCCCCUUUCAGAAUUACCCCUUCUGCUCAACAAGCAAAUCACCCUGGAUGUUCCUGUCUACACCGUGUGGGGAGCCUGCGAAGACGUGAGAGUUCUGGAACGUUUUCGGUCGGGAGAGUACAAGGUAGACAAUCUGCACAUUAUCGAUGAGGUCAAUUCAAGAUUACUCGAUAUCGGUGGGGUGAAGCUGAGACUCCUCGGACUCGGCGGCGCAGUUGUCAUUCACAAGCUAUUUGACAACGGCGAAGGCAAGACAUAUAUUGCAGGUGGUCAAGGGACGAUGUGGACGACAUUGCUUCAGAUUGGCGCUCUGAUCGACACUGCCAACCGCGUUUACGAUCCUUCAGAAACCCGCAUCUUUUUGACACACGCGUCACCUGCCAGAGACGGAAUCCUCAACCAGCUCUCCGUCACUCUGAAGGCCGACUUUUCAAUUUCAGCAGGUCUACAUUUCCGAUACGGCAGCUCCUACAACGAAUUUUCUGUGAACCCAUCCCUCGAUCAUUACCGUGGAAAGUUGGCGGCGUCCAAAGCAUCCUUCCAGGAUGUGUGGGAGACUGUCAAGAUGGACGUGGAACAGGCGAUUGAAAACAACACUAAUCACAAGGCUCUUCUUCACAGCGCUCUGGAAAUUGUGGAGAAGAUGCCCAGCACUGCUAACGGAGGGAGUCCUUUUGGCGCGCCUGUGGCCAGUGGACCGGGCGCGGGCCAAGUGGACGAAAGCGCCUUCAAGAACAUGUGGAACUUCAACCUUGCGGACGCUGCAUUCGGCUACCUUGUUUUGGAAAUUGAAGGUGGUCGUAUCGGUACGGAGAUGCGGGCGCAAGGCUUCAACUUUGCUCACCGUGGCAAACCCACUGUUCCUCCACCGGUUCCUCAACCACUGUCUACGGGUCCUGUGCCCCCUGCUCCUGCUUCGACUGGUCCGGCUCAGAACCGCACCCCCGCCUUCCCUGCACCGACACAGCCUUUCCCGCAGCAACAACCGCAACCACAACAUCAGCAACAGACUAGGGCCGUUCAACCUACUCAGCCUGCACCAAUGCCUGCUGCCAAAACUGGAACUCCUCCUACAGCUGGGUCUCCAGCACCGCCUGUGGCACAGGCUAAGCCAUUGACGCCCCAACCGUCAUCCUCUGGGAUACCAACGACUUCUGCCACUGCAGCGACCAAUGGUACGAGCGGAGAGAAGACCGGUGACGGUGAAGCCGCUAAGGUCAAAGCCACAACACCUCCCACCGAGCGUAAACCUUCCAGUGCCCUUUAUGUGUCCCAGGCAGACAGUGAACAACACAUCAGAGACUGCUUUGGGGACGAAGAUCGUGAAAAGAUCAAAGCUAUCAGCAGAAUGGGCAAAUUUCCCAACUGGAAGGUGCAAUUUGAGACGCAUGAGAUUGCGGACGCUGCUUUGACUAGAGUGCAGGUCGAAGCGCAAAACCACAAGAAUUCUUCGGGCAAAAUACCCAAGUUUACGUGGUUCGAAGAGCGCACCGACCGAUUGCCAGGUCUUCAUCAACGUGACAACCACAGCCAAGGCGGAGUUGGAACCUGGCAGCCUAGUAACCGUGGCGCGGCUGGGUCGGCCAAUAACCCUACGCGCGGAGGGUAUCAGAGUGGAGGAGCAAGUGACAGCGAAGGCGGACGAGGCCGAGGCGGGUUUCGCGGACGUGGGCGCGGUCGGGGUGAUGAUCGAGGCGGACGCGGUGGUCGAGGUGGCGGACGAGGCGCCUACCAGAACAAACCCACCGACGGAGCGUCCGACAGCAAACCCGCCAGCGAAGGCAAGCCAGCUACCACUACAGGCGAGAGUUGA